CGACACAUAAAUUAAAUGCCGAAGCAAUCCAUCCAAGCUGUUUUUGCUCAUAAGAAAUGAAUAAGCAGCAGGCGGCACCUAGAAAUUAACUAAGGCAAUUGGUAUUGGCUAUUGAAGAGUGAACCCAGUGAGAAUCAUGUGAUCUUUGCCCCCAAUUUCUCUCUUUCUUCCUUUCUCAGGGCCCAAAACAAAAACCUUCCCACCAAACCCGCAAGCUUCUCUUUUAAUUUUCUUUCUUUCAGGUUCAUGGUCAAUGGCUUCAAGCGCUUCAAGAUUCAUCAAAUGUGUAACAGUGGGUGAUGGUGCCGUUGGCAAGACCUGCAUGCUUAUUUGCUACACCAGUAACAAAUUCCCCACUGACUACAUACCAACUGUAUUUGACAACUUCAGUGCAAACGUAGUGGUUGAAGGCACAACAGUAAAUUUAGGCCUUUGGGACACAGCUGGGCAAGAGGAUUACAAUAGGUUGAGGCCCUUGAGCUACCGAGGGGCGGAUGUAUUUGUCCUAGCUUUUUCAUUGGUUAGUCGUGCAAGCUACGAGAACAUACUAAAAAAGUGGAUCCCUGAACUUCAGCAUUAUGCUCCUGGAGUCCCAGUAGUACUUGUUGGCACCAAAUUGGACCUUCGUGAGGAUAAGCACUAUUUGGCUGAUCAUCCUGGAUUGGUGCCUGUGACCACUGCACAGGGAGAAGAGCUACGUAAACAGAUUGGUGCAGCAUAUUUUAUCGAAUGCAGCUCGAAAACCCAACAGAAUGUGAAGGCAGUUUUUGAUGCUGCAAUCAAGGUAGUUAUCAAGCCACCACAGAAACAGAAGGAGAAGAAGAAAAAGCAAUGGCAAGGAUGUCUAGUGAAUGGCCUUUGUGGAAGGAACUUUGUGUGUCUGAAAUGAAAGUUGCUCCUUCCCCUCCCCUAUCACGAAAUAUCAUCAGGCAGGUUUCAGUGGUUACAUCUGCCCCUGCGGCCAUUGAAUACCAACUAAUUGGUAGAAAGCAACAGCUGCGACAGCUCUUCCUUUUUCUCAUAUUUUCCAAGAAAAAUUAUAAAUAUGGCAGUCGGUGACAGUGUUCAGCUUUGAAUUUGUGUUAAACUGAGCAGAAUGAGUUUGUAUUGUAUGUAUGUAUGUAUGUAUGCUGUUGCUAGUGUUUGUUUGUAUUGUAUACUCAAAUUGUUAAAAAUGACAAAGUUUUAGGCUUCUUUAUCUUUGUUUAAA